UGCUUUGGUGUCUCUCCUGCAAGGGCUGCAUCGCUGUCCCUUCACUCCUGGGAUGAUCGGGAUUUGCUAGAGCUUCUCAUUAAGACAGAAGACAAAAGGCUUCCUUCCGAUCUCUCAGAGGCUUCAUGAGACCACAGAUGGAUGAGCAAGACUCAGCUGGCCCUGAAGCAGGAAGAGGCCAUGCCAUCCAAACUGGGAGCAGUGGGGCAUUCUGGGAAAACCCAGUACAGAAGAUCCUGGGUGAGGAGGACACCCUCCGCUCAGAGGGGCAGAGCCAGAAGUUGAAGCGGUUCUGCUGCCAGGAGGCCAAAGGACCCCGAGAGGUUUGCAGCCGACUCUACCACUUUUGCCACCAGUGGCUGAAGCCAGAAAGGCACACGAAAGCUGAGAUGCUGGACCUGGUGAUCUUGGAGCAGUUCCUGGCUGUCCUUCCCCCGGAGAUGGAGAGCUGGGUGAGAGAAUGCGGAGCGGAGACCAGUUCCCAGGCGGUGGCCCUGGCCGAAGGUUUCCUCCUGAGUCAGGCAGAGGAGAGAAAGAAGGCAGAGAGAAAGCAGGGAAAGGAUCUCUUUGCAGAAAUGGACCUGGAUUCCUGUGAGGCAGAGAGGCCUCCGUUGGAGACCAGAGAGAGGCCACUGGGUGACAGAAUGAAGGCAGCAAGACCUCCUUAUUCACCUUUUCAUGGGGGCAGAAGGGAAACAGCGGCUGUGGAACCAGAUCAGGGUCCAGUGUGCUUUGAAGAUGUCGCUGUUCAUUUCACGGACGAGGAGUGGGCGUUGCUGGAUCCUGACCAGAGAGCUCUGCAUAAGGACGUCAUGGAGGAGAAUUGUGGGAUCGUGGCCUCUCUUGAUUCUGAAGAAUUGGAAAUCAAGAACAAGGGGGAGCACAACAAAAUCCCCAGGGAGGAGAAGCCACAUAAACAUUUGGGUCCAUUGUGCUUUGAAGAAGUAGCUGUUUGUGGGAUCAUGGACUCGCUUGGUGGUGAUGAUUUGGAAAUUAAGAACAAGGGAGACACAGUGGAGAGACAAUCAAAAUAUUCAGAGGGUGGAGAGAGUUUUAGUCAGAGCUCUCAUUCCAUUUCCAAUCAUGGAAAUCCUAUUGGGAAGAAACCUUUCAAGUGCUUGGAAUGUGGAAAGAGCUUCAGUCGGAACUCCCAUCUCACUUCCCAUCAGAGAAUUCAUACUGGGGAGAAACCAUAUCAGUGCUUGGAAUGUGGAAAGAGCUUCAGUCAGAAAGAAAAUCUCGCUUCCCAUCAAAGAAUUCAUACUGGGGAGAAACCAUAUCAGUGCUUGGAAUGUGGGAAGAGCUUUAAUACAAGCACAAGCUUCCACAGACAUCAAAAUAUUCACCGUGGGGAGAAACCCUACACGUGCCUGGAAUGUGGAAAGAGAUUCAGUCAGAACACUCACCUCACUUCCCAUCGGAGAAUUCACAGUGGGGAGGAACCAUAUCAGUGCUUAGAAUGUGGAAAGAGCUUCACCUGGAAGGAAAGUUUCAUUUCCCAUCAAAGAAUUCAUACAGGGAAUAAACCGUAUCAGUGCUUGGAAUGUGGAAAGAGCUUUAAUACAAGCAAAACCUUUCAUCAACAUCAAAGUAUUCACUGUGGGGAGAAACCAUUUCAGUGUGAAGAGUGUGGAAAGAUUUUUAGACGAAAGGAAAAUCUCACUUCCCAUCAAAGAAUUCAUACAGGGGAGAAACCAUAUCAGUGCUUUGAAUGUGGAAGGAGCUUCACCCAUAAGGAAAGUCUCAAUUCCCAUCAAAUAAUUCAUACAGGGGAGAAACCCUAUCCAUGCUUGGAAUGUGGAAAGAGCUUCAACCAGAGGGCCAAUCUCACAGCCCAUCAAAGAAUUCAUACAGGGGAGAAACCAUAUCAGUGCUCAGAAUGUGGAAAGAGCUUCAGUAAGAGGGCCAAUCUUACGGCCCAUCAAAAAAUUCAUACAGGAGAGAAACCAUAUCAGUGCUCGGAAUGUGGAAAGAGCUUCAGUCGGAACUCCCAUCUCACUUCCCAUCAAAGAACUCACAGUGAGGAGAAUCAUGUUGUUGUUGUUUAGUCGUUUAGUCGUGUCCGACUCUUCAUGACCCCAUGGACCAGAGCACGCCAGGCACUCCUGUCUUGCACUGCCUCCCGCAGUUUGGUCAAACUCAUGUUCGUAGCUUCGAGAACACGGUCCAACCAUCUCAUCCCCUUCUCCUAGUGCCCUCAAUCUUUCCCAACAUCAGGGUCUUUUCCAGGGAGUCUUCUCUUCUCAUGAGGUAGCCAAAGUAUUGGAGCCUCAGCUUCAGGAUCUGUCCUUCCAGUGAGCACUCAGGGCUGAUUUUCUUCAGAAUGGAUAGGUUUGAUCUUCUUGCAGUCCAUGGGACUCUCAAGAGUCUCCUCCAGCACCAUAAUUCAAAAGCAUCAAUUCUUCGGCGAUCAGCCUUCUUUAUGGUCCAGCUCUCACUUCCAUACAUCACUACUGGGAAAACCAUAGCUUUAACUAUAGGGACCUUUGUUGGCAAGGUGAUGUCUCUGCUUUUUAAGAUGCUGUCUAGGUUUGUCAUUGCUUUUCUCCAAAGAAGCAGGCGUCUUAAUUUUAUGACUGCUGUCACCAUCUGCAGUGAUCAAGGAGCCCAAGAAAGCAAAAUCUCUCACUGCCUCUAUUUCUUCCCCUUCUAUUUGCAAGGAGGUGAUGGGACCAGUGGCCAUGAUCUUGGUUUUUUUGAUGUUGAGCUUCAUAUCAUAUUUUGCACUCCUCUUUCAUAGAAGAAUCAUAGAUUCACAGAAUUGUAGAAUUGGAUGGGAACCAGUGUUGAACCAAAGGUGAGAUAGUUCUGGAAGGCCUGCAAAUGCCAUAGUGGUAGUUGUUUUGGUUGUUGUUUAAGUAAUGAAUUCACCUGUUGUUGUUGCGUCGUUUAGUCGUGUCCGACUCUUCGUGACCCCAUGGACCAGAGCACGCCAGGCACUCCUGUCUUCCACUGCCUCCCACAGUUUGGUCAAACUCAUGUUCGUAGCUUCGAGAACACUGUCCAACCAUCUCGUCCUCUGUCGUGGAAUUCACCCAUGUAUAUGCAAAUUGGCUUGCUUUGAUGCUAUGCUUAUCCGUGGGCUCUUGACCUGAGUAUUUGCUAUCUAUGCCCUCAUUGGCCAGCUGGAGUAAAGGGAGGUUCUCUUACUGUCAGGAAGUUCUUCCUAAUGUUUAGGUGAAAUCUUCUUUCUUGUAGCUUGAAUCCAUUGCUCCGUGUCCGCUUCUCUGGAGCAGCAGAAAACAACCUUUCACCCUCCUCUAUAUGACAUCCUUUGAUAUAUUUGAACAUUGCUAUCAUAUCACCCCUUAACCUUCUCUUCUCCAGGCUAAACAUACCCAGCUCCCUA